AUGAAUGAAGCUACUCCUACGCCUUCUCCUUCGUAUAUUAGUUCGAGUGAAAAGGAGAAGGUGAGAUCGUAUAGAGAGAAGAUUUCUAAAUGCAGAAUCAAGUGUCGGAAAGAUUGCAAGCUCUCGAAAACCGUACCAUCUCCUUCUUCAGCUUCAGUUUCUGUUACAGCGUCAAGGUAUAGAAGAGGUUCGACACAAAAGACUUCACUUCCCAGAGGUGGCAUUGCAACGGCAAGGAGCCUGAAAGAUGCUACUGCAAACCCAAAACCCGAGACACUUGCUUCUUAUGGAAGGCUACAGCUAAAUUUGACAAGGGGUUCUAGUGAAUCCAGUUCUCUGGUGGAACAACUUUUGGAUGUGGUUACUCGUGAACUGGAUCAUGGUAGUUCAUCUAGUUCUGGAUCAUGGGGUGAUUCAACAAAGGAUGAUAAGGUUGGGGCAUUGAGCAGCUAUCAGAAUAACUUGGUUGAGCUGGCUGCAGAUGCGCUCUACCGGGCAGUUGUCAAUACUACUAGACCAUCACUGUCAGAGAAACGACCUCGAAGGCAACAUGUUACAUCGCGUCUGGUGGAGGCACUAGCUGAAGGAAAAUGGUCGUGGCUUCUAGAGGAUGCCAGUAUGAGACGUUCUUAUGAUAGUCUACUAUGGACAUUGAUAUACGUUUUGAUGGAGGUUGAUGCUGUCUUGGUGCUCCUUGAAUCAAUUAUUUCAAGUAAUCACAUAAACGCGGGGAUUCUGCCUCAAGAAGUGUGGGAUCACCAAUUAUUCAGACACAUACCCUCUGAGACGGCCUUGUACUUCAUUGCACGUUACUUUUCACGUAUGGGUUGCCAGGGAAACCUGCAAGAUGAUUUACAUCUUCGAGGCAAUCUCCUUAGAGCAGAUUGUGCCCCUCUUAGCUGGAAGAUCUCUAGUUGCCGAGUUCCUGAUGGAGUACAAUUACCUCUGGUAUUAAGAGAUCCAUUGCUUCAUGACAUGGAAAUCUAUUUUCUUAGCAUUACCCCGGAGGACGAGAGAAAGGACCACUGUCUGACAUCUUUAUGGGAUGUUCUCUGUUGUGUCAUUUUAGGCAUGGUUCUUAUAUCACAAGCGUUUGACUCCCCAGAAGUUGGCAGGAUUGUGGAAAUGGAUUUGGAUCUAGCCGAAGACACUACAGAGAUCGAUCUUAUUACUGGUGGAAAAGUGUUCCUGGUAUGCCCGUUUCUACGGGGAACUGGAAGUUGGGCAUGA